UUGACAGACGGAUGCUUCCUGGAUGUAUCAGACGAUUUGGAGCAUGUAGGUUCGCACUUUGCACGCGCUGUCGUGGUCAAAGGUGACGUGUCUGAUAUCGCCGGAUACGCGAAGAGUUUUUACUUCUGGACGUUGACGCGUGUAGCAACAAAAACGUUGGUUUUGAAAUCGUCUGCUUUUUGUAUUUGACAAUGGGCUUCUGGUAGAAGCUUGAUAAUUCUUGUUAGGACAGUUCGGGAAGUAUUUCACGCAGACGACAACAAAUAUAGAUUUUUGUUAGGACAGUUCGGGGAGUAUUUCACGCAGACGACAACAAAUAUAGAUUUUUGUUAGGACAGUUCGGGAAGUAUUUCACGCAGACGACAAUAAAUAUAGUGAUAUACGAGUUGCAGUUUUAAUAUCUGGCGUUCCAAAUAACAGUUGCUGCAUCGUGCUAAUAAUCAGAAUGUACUUUUAAUAAGUUCAUCUUUGAAGAAAGUGAAAGAAAUAUCUACGAUAAGAUGUGUGAAUGAAAUGGAUUAAUUUACAGACGUCUGACAAUAAGUACUCCAGUUGGCUUCGCGUGAAAUAUUUAUUGGAACAUUUAGCCAAUUUAGCCACAAUUAGACUUGUGUAGAUAUAUUUAUUACGUAAUUAUAUUUCAAAUCAGAUUGUGAAACGACAUAGUUUAGGUUAUCUGAAGUCUUUGAAAUGCGUGAUAAGCAAACUGGCUGAUGGUUCUAAAGACAGGUGUUUUUGUGACAGUUGACUGUUGAUUAGGGUUUAUGUGUCAGAACAGACAAGUUAUGAUUACAAGAAUUUUGACAUGAAACAUACCAGGAGGAGUUAAAAAAGAAAUAGUAUUAAAGACUUUUGUCUUAAUGCGACGUAUGACUGUAUUACACAAAUGAUCACUAUUCUGAUAAAUGGAUUAUUUAAAUUAAGUUUCUAUUAAUAGCAGUCAUUAUUAUUGUAGACAAGUGAAACUAAUAUUCCACUUAAAAUAACAUAAACAAACUGUGGGACUUUGAUUUUAAACAGGUCUCCGAAGUUUGCUAUCAAAGCUUUUUAUCGAAAAUUUUAUACAUAAACAAACGAUCCCAGCCGCGGUGGAACAAAAAUGCCAAGGAGGCGGAAAGACGCGAAAACUAGUGACGAUGAGGAUGAUUCUGUCCUCAGAAAAGUGAAUAAACACCUUCCGGUACAACGCCACGCCGCCAAUGAGCGCGAGCGGAGCCGGAUGAGGGUCCUCAGUAAGGCGUUUUCAAAAUUAAAAACCACGUUGCCGUGGGUGCCGUCAGACACUAAAUUAUCCAAAUUAGACACUCUUAGACUGGCAUCCAGCUAUAUAGCACAUUUAAAACAGAUUCUGGACGGUAACGAGGAAGAAGUUGUGUGUCACCAGUCUACAAAUAUACAUCCACUAAAUUUGACAUGGCCGUUCAGUUUUCAAGGCAAGGGCGAUCACUCUAACCUGUCUCCGCUAGAUAGCACGCGCAGCGACAAAGACACAAGCAGCCUAUCAGAGGACCAUAAUCUCGAUGACCUUGUAACCGAAUCACCAUGACAACGGAUUAUUUUGUGAUUAUGGAUUUUGUAGUUGUGAUUUUUGGUGUGUGCGUUUGUGACACUGUGUGGUCCUUAUAUUCUAUUAAAUUUCUGAUUUUAGUAUUGUAGAUCAAAGAAUUUUAUGGGGAACUCCGAAAGAAGUUGUUUAUUUCCGAAGUUUCAUGAAAAAAUUAAAUUAAUAACACGGCUUCGAUGACCUAGAUUAUUUUUAUGUAAUAUAUAGGUUGAAUAUAUCAUAUAAAGUCAGGAGAUCGAAAAGUGCUCUUUAAGUAAGUGCCUUACAUAUUUAUUUUACAGUUGUAUUCAUAGGUGGUUAUUUCGGAUUACCCUGACUCAAAGGGACCGACCAUUCAGUGCCAAAGUACAUUUGCACAUGCUUACAUGAGUCAAAGUAAGUUGAGAGUGAUAUUUAAUAGCAUGGUUUGUGCAUUGAAGGAUUUUACAAUCUGUCGGCGAAAUAAAUUUUUAAACAUGU